AUGGGCCCCGUAUUAAUAUUAUUAUUACGCAUAUUAAAUAUUCUACACAAAUUUCAAGAUACCUUUUCUUAUAUUGCUGUUCGUAAUCUAUCUAUCUAUCUAUCUAUCUAUCUAUCUAUCUAUCUAUCUAUCUAUCUAACAUUUUUGCUAUCAAAUAAUCUUGUAUUUUUCUUUGUUUCUUACUUCCUUUCUUUGUUUCUAUAUACCAUAUCUAUCUGUCUAUCUAUCUAUCUAUCUAUCUCAGUUUAUUCAUAUCUGUCACAGUCUAUCACUAUCUAUCUAUCUAUCACAGUUUAUUCAUAUCUGUCACAAUCUAUCUAUCUAUCUAUCUAUCUAUCUAUCUAUCUAUCUAUCUAUCUAUCUCAGUUUAUUCAUAUCUGUCACAGUCUAUCACUAUCUAUCUAUCUAUCACAGUUUAUUCAUAUCUGUCACAAUCUAUCUAUCUAUCUAUCUAUCUAUCUAUCUCAGUUUAUUCAUAUCUGUCACAGUCUAUCCCUAUCUAUCUAUCUAUCUAUCUAUCUAUCUAUCUAUCUAUCUAUCUCAGUUUAUUCAUAUCUGUCACAGUCUAUCGCUAUCUAUCUAUCUAUCUAUCUAUCUAUCUCAGUUUAUUCAUAUCUGUCACAGUCUAUCGCUAUCUAUCUAUCUAUCUAUCUAUCUAUCUAUCUAUCUAUCUAUCUAUCUCAGUUUAUUCAUAUUUGUAACAGUCUAUCCCCAUCUAUCUAUCUAUCUAUCUAUCUCCCAUUUAUCUAUCUGUCACAGUCUAUCACUAUCUCUAUCUAUCUCAGUUUAUAUCUGUCACAGUCAGUCUAUCUAUCUAUCUAUCAUCUAUCUAUCUAUCUAUCUAUCUAUCUAUCUAUCUAUCUAUCUAUCUAUCUCAGUUUAUUCAUAUCUGUAACAGUCUAUCCCUAUCUAUCUAUCUAUCUAUCUAUCUAUCUCAGUUUAUUCAUAUCUGUCACAGUCUAUCACUAUCUAUCUAUCUAUCUAUCUAUCUAUCUAUCUAUCUAUCCCUAUCUAUCUAUCUAUCUAUCUAUUUAUCUAUCUCAGUUUAUCUAUCUGUCACAGUCUAUCACUAUCUAUCUAUCUAUCUAUCUAUCUCAGUUUAUUCAUAUCUGUCACAGUCUAUCCCUAUCUAUCUAUCUAUCUAUCUAUUUAUCUAUCUCAGUUUAUUCAUAUCUGUCACAGUCUAUCACUAUCUAUCUCAGUUUAUUCAUAUCUGUAACAGUCUAUCCCUAUCUAUCUAUCUAUCUAUCUAUCUAUCUAUCUAUCUAUCUAUCUAUCUAUCUAUCUCAUUCUAUUCAUAUCUGUUUCAAUCUAUUCCUAUCUAUCUCUCAAUUCUGGUAUAUACUUAUCUAUCUAUAUAUCUAUCUAUCUCAGUCUAUUCUAUCAAUCUAUCUCAGAGAACAUAAAAUAAUCUAUCUAUCUCACUCUGUUGAUAUCUAUCUAUCUCAGUCUGUUCAUAUCUAUUUAUAUAUGUAUAUCAGUGUCUUCCUAUCUAUCUAUCUAUCUAUCUAUCUAUCUAUUCUGUCCAUAUCUAUCUAUCUGAAUAUGUUCAUAUCUAUCUCUGUAUAUUUCUAUCUCCCUAUCUCACUGAGUCUCUUUGUAUCUAUCUAUCUAGCUAGUCUAUUCCUACCUAUCUAUCCACCUAGCAGUCUAUCUAUCUAUCUAUCUAUCUAUCUAUCUAUCUAUCUAUCUAUCUCAGUCUCUUCAUUAUCUAUCUAUCUAUCUAUCUAUCUAUCUAUCUAUCUAUCUGGUGAUUUAAUUCUGAAUUAUGUCGUCGAUAUAUUAAAAAAAAAAACUUUCUUUUUUCUCUCUCUCUCCUUUUACGCCCUCCGUUCCUUCUGA